GCUGGGAUGGGGUAGGGGUGCCCGCCCAGGGCAGGACUCGACUCGCCCUGCACCAGCCUCGGUCUGGCUGCGGAGUCACCUCCUCCAGCUUCUCCCAGCCUCCCUCCCCGCCGGCCGGCGAGGCCCCGGCCCGUAAAGUCCUGCGCCCUUGUCAGCAGCGCCUUAGUCAGCCUCGCGUGAGCCGCGGCCGGAGUCCCCAUAAACUCCCGGCGUGGCCCGGCCCCCGAGUCGGCCCGCGAGGCCCACAGGCGGAGCCGGGCCGUGGCGCCGUGGGACCAGCCGAGGGGCAGGGCGGGCACAGAGCAGCCGCCUCGGGGGCCCACGGUCGUCUCCCGGGCCCCCUCAGGGCCCCCAGGACCUGGGGCCGCCUGCCGAUGAGCCAGGGCCCCCGGCAGCCGACGCCGGAUCGGGACCAUGUCUGGGAAACGGAGCCGAGCGCGGAAGCCCCGUGCCAGGAGGGCGGGCAGGGCCCAGCAGGCUCCGGGGCAGCAGGGCCCUGAGGCCCAGCCCCCGCCCCCCGACGCAGCGGGCCCUCCGGACCAGACAGGGGUGGCCCUUGCCGGGCACGUGACCGGCAGCCAGCCAGCUGCCCGGGGGCAUCCCGAGGCGGCCAGGCCAGAGCGGCCACAGACAGUGGAGAGGCCAGUGCCGGCCGCAGCUCCGGCGUCCGAGCUGGUACCAGUCCCCGCGGCGGACAUGGAGGACGGCCGGCCGGGGGGCCGCACGCACAGCCUGGGCGCCGAGCUGCUGAGGCUGCAGGAGGUCCAGCUGUGCCUGGCCCAGGAGCAGCAGCUGCUGGCGGACCGCCGGCGGCAGGUCCAGCUGCAGAUGCAGCUGUGGCAGGAGGAGCAGCUGUGGUGGGAGCAGCUGUGGCGGGAGGAGCAGCUGUGGCUGCAGCAGCUGCAGGAGGAGCAGGCCUGGGUGCGCAUGGAGGGGCUGGAGCUGGCCGUGGCCCUGGAGCAGCUCCAGAGCGAGGGCCUUGAGGUACUGCAGACCCAGGGCCAGGCCCCCGGCGGCAACAUGGCCCGCCGCUCCCAGAGCUCCUCGCAGGGGGACAACCCCCUGGCGCCAGGGUACCUGCCCCCUCACUACAAGGAGUACUACCGCCUGGCUGUGGACGCCCUGGCCGAGGGCGGGCCCGAGGCCUACAGCCGCUUCCUGGCCGCCGAGGGGGCGCCCGCCUUCCUGUGCCCCGAGGAGCUGGAGCACGUGAGCCGCCACCUGCGGCCCCCACAGCAUGUCGCCCCGGAGCCCCCCGAAGGCAGCCCGCCCGACGUGGACAUGGAUGGCUCCUCGGGCACCUACUGGCCCGUGAACUCAGACCAGGCGGUGCCUGAGCUGGACCUGGGCUGGCCGCUGACCUUCGGCUUCCAGGGCACGGAGGUCACGACGCUGGUGCAGCCACCGCCCCCCGACAGCCCCAGCAUCAAGGACGAGGCCCGGAGGAUGAUCCGCUCCGCCCAGCAGGUGGUGGCCGUGGUGAUGGACAUGUUCACCGACGUGGACCUCCUGAGCGAAGUGCUGGAGGCUGCCGCGCGCCGCGUCCCCGUCUACAUCCUCCUGGACGAGAUGAACGCGCAGCACUUCCUGGACACGGCAGAGAAGUGCCGGGUCAACCUGCACCACGUGGACUUCCUGCGGGUGCGCACAGUGGCAGGCCCCACCUACUACUGCCGCACCGGCAAGUCCUUCAGGGGCCACGUGAAGGAGAAGUUCCUCCUGGUGGACUGCGCCGUGGUGAUGAGCGGGAGCUACAGCUUCAUGUGGUCCUUUGAGAAGAUCCACCGCAGCCUGGCGCACGUGUUCCAGGGGGAGCUGGUGUCCAGCUUCGACGAGGAAUUCCGCAUCCUCUUCGCGCAGUCGGAGCCUCUGGUGCCCUCGGCCGGGGCCUUGGCCCGCAUGGACGCUUAUGCCCUGGCUCCGUACUCCGGGGCCGGGCCCCUGAUGGCCAAUCAGAUGAUCGGGGCGCCCACUCCUUUCUCCUUCCCCAAACGCGCGCACCUCCUCUUCCCACCGGCCCGGGAGGAGGGCCUCGGCUUCCCCUCCUUCCUGGACCCUGACCGCCACUUCCUGUCGGCCUUCCGCCGGGAGGAGCCGCGGAUGCCCGGGGGCGCCCUGGAGCCGCACAUGGGGCUGCGGCUGCCAUCGCGAAGGUGGGACGCGGAGGCCGGGCCCGGCGCCGAGCUCGCGGGCCCGCGGGGCUUCUUCCAGGCCCGGCAGCUGGAGAUGGACUCCUUCAAGCGCCACAGCUACGCGGCCGCCGACGGCGGGGGCGCCGUGGAGAACUUCGCGGCCGCGCGGCAGGUGUCCCGCCAGACGUUCCUCGCCCACGGGGACGACUUCCGCUUCCAGACCAGCCACUUCCACCGCGACCAGCUCUACCAGCAGCACUACCAGUGGGACCCGCAGUUCGCCCCGGGCCGCCCGCAGGGCCUGUUCGAGAAGCUGCGCGCCGGCCGCCCGGGCUUCGCGGACCCCGAGGACUUCGCCCUGGGCGCCGGGCCGCGUCUCCCGGAGCUGGGCCUGGACGCCCACCAGCGGCUGGACUACGUGCCGUCCAGUGAGUCGCGCGAGGUCCGCCAUGGCUCAGACCCGGCCUUCGGGCCCCGGGGCCUGGAACCCGGUGGGGCCCCGCGCCCUAACCUGGGCCUACGCUUCCCCUGCCAGGCAGCGGCGAGGCUGGGCCCGGAGGCGGGGCUGCAGGCAGAGCCCGAGCGCAGGGCGGGGCCGGAGGGGCGGGCGGGGCUGAGGCACUGGCGCCUGGCCUCCUACCUGAGCGGCUGCCAUGGGGAGGACGCGGGGGAAGAUGGCCUGCCGGCGCCCAUGGAGUCCGAGGCCUAUGACGACGACGUGCUGGUGUCCGGGGGCCGGGCGGCCGCCGGGGACCUGCUGCCCUCGUCUUUCCGCGGGCCCUCGGCCUUCCCGGCCAAGGGCUCCGGCAGCGGGGGCGGCGAGGGCGCGGAGCGCGAGGGCCCGGAGGAGGCGGGCCUGGCCAAGCAGGACUCCUUCCGCUCGCGCCUGAACCCGCUGAUCCAGCGCAGCUCCCGGCUGCGCUCCUCGCUCAUCUUCGCGGCACAGGCGGAGGGCACUGGCGGGGCCGCCACCGAAAAGGUGCAGCUGCUGCACAAGGAGCAGGCGGUGCACGAGGCGGUGGGCCCCGGGGGCGAGGCCGUGCGCUCCGCCGCCUCCACCAAGGUGGCCGAGCUCCUGGAGAAGUACAAGGGCCCCGCGCGCGACGCCAGCGGCGCCCCGGCCACGGCCGUCACCGCCUCCAGCCACAGCAAAGCCGUCCUGUCCCAGGCGUGGCGGGAGGAGGCGGGGCCCGCGGGGCCCGAGCGGCGCAGCCUCGAGAGUUGCCUGCUGGACCUCCGCGACUCCUUCACGCAGCGGCUGCACCAGGAGGCCGAGCGGCAGCCCGGGGCCGCCACGCUCACGGCCGCCCAGCUGCUCGACACGCUGGGCCGGAGCGGCCCCGGCCCCGACAGGCUGCCCUCCCGCUUCCUCCUGACCCAGGGCCUCUCCUCUUCCCCGCAAGGGCAGGACGGCCCCCCGGUGGACGCGCCCCACUCGGAGCAAAAAGGGAACCCCACCUCGGCCUACCCCGAGCGGAAGGGCAGUCCCACUCCUGGGUUUCCCACUCGCAGAGGUAGCCCGACCCCAGGAUUGCCUGAGCGCCAGGGCAGCCCCACCGCCGCCUACCCCGAGCGCAGGGGCAGCCCGGUGCCCCCCGUGCCCGAGCGCAGGGGCAGCCCGGUGCCCCCCGUGCCCGCGCGCAGGGGCAGCCUCACCCUUGCCUUCGCGGGAGAGGCCCAGAAGGCCGGGCCCGCGGAGGAGACGCCCACGGGCCCCAUGGAGGUGCUGCGCAAGGGCUCCCUGCGCCUCCGGCAGCUGCUGAGCCCCAAGAGCGAGCGGCGCGCGGAGGAUGAGGGCGGCUUCGCGGCGCCGCAGGAGAACGGGCAGCCCGAGAGCCCCCGCCGGCCCUCGCUGAGCCGCGGGGACAGCACGGAGGCUGCCGCUGGGGAGGAGCGGAGCCCGCGGGCGCGCAUGGCCUCAGCCACGGCCAACGCCUUGUACAGCAGCAACCUGCGCGACGACACCAAAGCCAUCCUGGAGCAGAUCAGCGCCCACGGCCAGAAGCACCGCGGGGCCCCCACCCCCUCCCCGGCCCACAGCAGCCCGGAGCUGGGCCGCCCGCCGGCUGCCAGCGGCCUGGCCCCCGACAUGUCCGACAAGGACAAGUGCUCGGCCAUCUUCCGCUCGGACAGCCUGGGGGCCCAGGGCCGGGUGAGCCGCACGCUGCCCGCCAGCGCCGAGGAGCGCGACCGGCUGCUGCGACGCAUGGAGAGCAUGCGCAAGGAGAAGCGCGUCUAUAGCCGCUUCGAGGUCUUCUGCAAGAAGGAGGAGGCGGGCGGCCCCGGCGGGGGCGCAGGGGAGGGCGCGGCGGAGGACGACGCCAGGGACAGCAAGGUGGGCAAGUUCAUGCCCAAAAUCCUGAGUUCAUUCAAGAGCAAGAAGUGAGCGUCCCGGCCAGCAGCCCGCCAGGGUCUCCGCACCCCUGCUGCCUGCCAGCAGGGCACUCGGUCCUCGGGCGCAGAAGCUAGGAACCCGGAUGAGCACAGCCAGAGCUCAGCUCCCCUGGGGCUCACCCCGUGCCUGCCCUGGCCUCCGCUUUGGGGCUGCAGCCGCUCACUGCCCCCUGCCUUCUUCCCGGCUGUCUUGUCUCCUCAGCACUUCCAUCUCCAGGCCCCACCCCCCUCAGGCAUCUGCCUCCCUAUCUCUUUGGGCUUCAGAUCCUCCGAGUCUUCAUGCACCUCAGGGACCCAUCCCUUUGUGCCUUAGUCCCCACUUCUCUGGGGGCCUCACAUCUCAGGGCUUCUAUGUCUCAGGGUUCCCCUCUGUGCACCCUCCUGGCUACACCACAUCUUCACUUCGCUGCCUCUGCCGCCGCUGGGCCUCCCACUGCCUCAGGCCUCCCAUCACUUCCCGCCCCGUCCAUCUGCCCACUUGCUUGGCGGCCCUUCCUCUCCUGCAGGGAGGUGGGGCAGGGGGAGUGGGGGAGCAGAGGGGUCCUGGAAGGGCUGCCCUGCCCCUAGACCUGAGCACACCUGGCCACCCCUCCAGCAAGGUCCUCAGCCAGGAUGUCAGCUCCAAGCCUCAGUGAUGGACGGUGUGGGGCCCCAGCCUUGCGAAGGGUCCCCAUGUGCCCUGACUGACGGCCAGUCAGCCCAGAAGGGGCUGGCUGUGGAGUGUCUGUACCUGCCCAGGUGAGGCAGAGGACGGCCUCCUGGCACUGAGCCCUGGCCCAUGGAUGUCCCAGCGGUCCGAGCUCCACCCCGCCCUGCACCCUCUCGGUCACCGCUUGCCUUUCCCGUGUCCUCGCCGGCAGUGACUGGGUUUGAAAUGACACCUUUUGGCACCAAGUGCUCAGGCAGUCUCCGCCACAGGUUCUCCUCUUGUGAAAUGAGUGUUUCUGCCGUUUCUUCUCGGAUAGCUUUUGGUUUUUUAAGUAAGAAACCCAACCGCCCAGAUGGGAAAGGUCUAAGAAAGGGGGCACUG